AUGAAAGUGAGAGCAUUCAUAGAAGUGGAAGGAUACCCUAAAAUAGUGAUGAGAUACUUAGGGGGUUUAAAGAUGCUAGUUGAAUUUGAAACUAUAACAGAAAAAGAACAAGUAUUAACAGAAGAUGAGAGAAUAUGGAAACCACAGUUUAAAGAAUUAUACCAAUGGGACCCUAAAGAAAAUUUCACUGAGAGGAUCGCGUCCAUCCUAAUCUUUGGUGUACCACAACAUGCAUGGUGUGAGGAAGUAUUCUUGACCAUCACAAAGUCGUGGGGCAAGGUAAUUAUACUAGAUGAGUGUCCAACGGAAAACAUCAACAUGGCUUAUGGAAGGGUUGGAAUUCUAACCUCCUAUCUAGGUUUUAUCAGUGAAAGUUCAUCCAUUGUAGUUGACAAGGUCAAGUAUGGAAUCAUUGUGAUGGAGGAUAUUCUCGAAUCCAACAAACUGAGCCCGGUCAUCGCUAGCAAUGAUCUAAUUACCAGUCCAACAAGAAAUAUGUGGGAGCAGUUUUACGACCCCAUCAAAGAAGAAGACGAGGAUGAAGAAGGAAUAAGCAAUUCGGAUGUUGAGGGAUGUAACUGGUCCCCGAAAUCGGCUCCAAGCAAGCUCAGAUGA